UUUGAAAGCCAAAUAGUUGCUGUUCCCCUCUGCAAACAGUCGCAUCUUGUCGCUUGUCUGCCACGGGCUGCCAGAUCACAGCGUGUGGCUGCGACUUUGGAAGUUUGUUCAACAUUAGAAUAUAUAAACAUCAAUAUAAUAAAGCUCUCUCUCGCGUGCGACCCCGCGCCAAAGUGUUCUUUUUCCCCGGCGGCCUGGGUGGACUAGUAGUUGGUUUGGGUUUUGCGUCCGAUUGCCGUUGGUCGAGUGGGAAAAUUAUUCGCAACACUCUCCCGGAUUCGAUCCGCGGUCCGCGUGCGUUGUGAUAGUGCGUGAUCCUGGCAUGAUCCUCGACCGUCCGGAGCUUUGAGCGUGAAUUGGGUGAAGCUUCCAAGUCGGUUGCUAGUUCGAAGAAAGUGAAAUUUUGGAUGUUAAACGAUCGUGGAUCGUAAUAAUAGGAAGGAAGAAAAAACAAACUGGUGUCAGUGAAGUGUGAUAAAUUGUGACAACGGUUUUGAAGUGAGCAGAACAAGAAAGAGGACGUUUCGUCUCGAUUGGGCAGUUUCAAUUUAUGUGAAAACAAAAUAGAAAGGAAUAAUUCCCCUUGCACAGGUGUGAUACAGUGUGUAACGCAAGCAGUGUGACGGAACGAAGGUCUAGCAAAAGCUGUCAGUGACUAAAAACGGACUUGCGAUAGAGUUGUUGUAACGAUCAAUAUAGAAACUUAACCGCGGUGCGUCGGUGAAAGUGAAAGUGAAUUCGUUGCAAUUCAUCGUCCGCGUUGAUCGAUGCGAAAUGUGAGUCAGUAGUGCGAGCGAGCGAUAAGAGUGACCACACAUGAUCAUGAUUCAUUCCCCGACGCCGAGGUACGACUCGUGAGUGCCGCGCGUGUAAAGCAGAAGCGCCAUUAAGCGGUGAUAAGCGGUUGCGUGCGCCGAGCCGAGAGAAUCUCUUCCCUAUCGCCAAAGGAUAACGCCGAAGCCUAUCAGUGUGCAGUGUGUUUAUCGUGUGUUUGACGUGUGUCUGCGUGUGUCUGCGUGUGAGAGUGUGUCAUUGUAUAUGAGUGUGAGGGGGUAGGAAGGUGGAAGACAGGUUGCGAUAAAGAUGCAAAAGCUCUACCCGGAAAGCUCGAUCAACACGAGCAGUAGCAUGGCGGUGGGCGGCGGAGGCGGCGGCGGCGGCGGCGGCGGUGGCGGCAACAUGAGCCCGAUGGCCACCACGUACAGCAGCAUGAACAGUAUGGGGAUGGCGGUCGGCGGCAUGACGUCCGUGUCGCCCCAGGGCGGCGGGUUCGGCGCGACCGUGCUCGGCAGCCCGGGCAUGGGCGGGAUGGGCGCCGCCAUGAACAGCAUGUCGGGCAACUGUCUCACCUCGACGCCGAUCGGGUACAGCUCGAUGGGGUCGCCGAUCAGCAACAUGGGCUCGUGCAUGGGCGGCAACGGCAUGAGCACGAUGGCGGCCAUGUCCGGGUACUCGAGUGUGGCCGGCAGCCGGGAGGUGCUGGGCGAUCCGAGCUCGCCCAACUCGGUCGCGCUGCAGCGGGCCCGCACGGAGAAGCCGGCCGCGACGUACCGGCGGAACUACACGCACGCCAAGCCGCCCUACUCGUACAUCAGCCUGAUCACGAUGGCGAUCCAGAACAACCCGCACAAGAUGCUGACGCUGGCCGAGAUCUACCAGUUCAUCAUGGAUCUGUUCCCGUUCUACCGGCAGAACCAGCAGCGGUGGCAGAACUCGAUCCGGCACUCGCUCAGCUUCAACGACUGCUUCGUGAAGGUGCCCCGCACGCCGGACAAGCCGGGCAAGGGGUCGUUCUGGACGCUCCAUCCCGACUCGGGCAACAUGUUCGAGAACGGGUGCUACCUGCGGCGCCAGAAGCGGUUCAAGGACGAGAAGAAGGAGGUGCUCCGGUCGCUGCACAAGAGCCCGGCGCACGGCGGCAGCCUCGAUGCGGUCGGCAGCCCGGACAAGAAGGACCCGAACGAGGAGCACCACCAUCACCAUCACCAUCACAGCCACAGCCACCACAGCCACCGGACGGAGCACGUGUCCAAGCUGAGCGCGGCAGUCGACACGCACGGCAUGCUGAACAGUGCGCACGGUAAAGACGCGGACGCGCUCGCGAUGCUGCACGCGACGGCCGACUUAUGCUUAGCCCAACAAUCUCAUUCACAGCAUGGUGGUUCGCACCACCCUACGCACCAUCACCACCACCAUCCGGCCCACCAGCAGCUGCAGCAGGAGGAAUUGACGGCUAUGGUAAAUCGCUGCCACCCUUCGCUGCUUGGUGAAUAUCACUCGAUGCACCUGAAGCAGGAACCGGCGGGCUACACGCCCUCUAGUCACCCGUUCUCGAUCACCCGGCUGCUGCCGACCGAGUCGAAGGCGGACAUCAAGAUGUACGAGAUGAGCCAGUACGCCGGCUACAACGGGCUCAGCCCGCUGCCGAACUCGCACGCGGCCGCGGCCGCCCUCGGGCAGGACUCGUACUAUCACCAGAGCCUCGGCUACCACCAUGCGUCCACGGGCACGACCAGCUUGUGACAUCAGUAUCCGCUGGCAUAAGUGCGGUUGAAAGGCUACUACCACACUGGCACACAGUACCAGCAACAGCACCACCAGCAGCAUCAGCACCAGCAGCAGCAUCAGCAGCACCAACAGAACCAGCAACAGCAGCAACAACAGAACCAGCAGCAGCACCGUCAGCCGCCCGAUCUCGACCAAGAAUGGUUGGAUUUGGCGCAGCUUAGCACCUCAGCGAACUACGCGCGCAGCGGUGGUGGAAGCUAUCUGCAGACCAAUCGUUACGUGUACCAUCACCGUCAUCCUUAUCAUGCGCAGCUCGUGCAGCAACAGCAGCAGCAGCAGCAACCGUCCGAGCCGGAUGAGGAAGACGAGUACGACGAUCAGCGCAGCAGAGGGUUUGUCGCGACCGAUCUGACCGCUGGCAAUAGCAGUGCGUCCUCAUCGGGCAGCACCUCCGAUACGUCGCCCCAUAAUAUCUCGUUUUAGGACGCUCUCCAAAGCGCAUGUUGUGAAGAUCGCACACUGAGUAGUGGAUAGGGCAUCACAUACAUACACACGCACAUGCCUCACGAGCAUGCGAUCGGUGACAACCUGAUUGAGAAGGCUCUCCACACGAUGGGGCACCCGAUACACCCGAAAAUGGUUCCGUCCGAACGGAAGCCUAAACGGUUGGACGGCUUUUGGAGUGUUUGGCUCAAGUUGACUGAACAGUCGGCAGACGACCUUCACUUGGACGUUGGGUUUCUGUUCUCUUUUUCUCUCUAUCUCUCUGUUUCUCUCUCUCGCACGCUCUCCUCACUGGACACGAGCAUCAAAACGUUGCGUGUCUAGUGAUCAAUGGAUAUUCCCCAGCCAUUUGUACGAUCGUUUUCAGUCUUUCUGAAUGAACUCCAACUCAAAUUCCUCCCGCGUCUAGGGAGUCCUAGCUUCCUCGGUAAGCGGUUGUUUGUCUUGUAGUUCCCAUUGCGUAGUUCUAUUUCGGCGUGCAAUUUUUGUUUGCCUGUAUACCAAUUCCGAUUCCUCCGACAGGCAAUAAAUCCGGAUAGGAGUCUCGAACGAAAACAACCAACUGCCAAACAAAAAAAAAAAACCCUAACCUUUCAUGUCCCCUGAAAUCGAUUUUCGAGUGCCGCUGCCCAAACCGAAGAGUGUCCACAGCUAACCAAACGUUGCCCAAGUGUGUGCACUUGAGGCGGAAUUUCGUUCACCCACGGGGUCGUUGUGUGUGCGCACGCGUUCCGCGUGUAGUUUCUUUUGCUUUAUGGUAAUUGCCGUUAACCCGAAGGUGGGGUCUAAUUUGUACGCCACUGUAAGGUAGAAGAGUGUGUUUUUUUAACUGGUUGCUUUCGGAGCGCUUCCCUUUUUGGAGGUUUUUUUUUUUGCUCAGGUUCGGAGGUUGUACGCGGUAGCGGCACUCGAGAUGCGAAGUCUUGUGAGUGAGUGAGUCGCUUUAAACGCACGCACGUCGCAAGUUGAACCGAUGACCUCAAUUGGUAGAUCGAUAGGAAACGAAGAGAGGGAAGGGAGCAAGUACUAUCGGACGGUGCAUGGCAGGCCUCUGGAUAAUAUGUCAUACACACAACGAGCGAAUGAUACGCUUUAGAGCGAGGGGGCUGCUUUUUACCAAACUCCCAACAAGUCGUCCACCAAAGUAAUAACGUGUAACAGAGGUGGAAUUGUUUCCGAAUGCGUCGGACACGUGUACAGCUCAUUGAAUUCUUGAAUUAAUAAGCCUUUCUUCAACUUGGAACCCGGAUGAGAUGACGAAAGAGUGAUAGAAUGUGUCAAAAGUGUAAGAGUGUUGGCCGCUCUACUCAAACACUCACACACACCGAAUAUUGCAACAUAAAAUUGAGAGAAGGAGUUGUGGGGAGACGAGGAGGACUUUGCAGGGUACUUUUUACCGCCCUUGAGAGUGACAGCGUGUGUCAAUAGUUGAGGUACGGUUCGAAAAGAAGUUCAAUUUAACUUGCCCAGAUUGAUGCUGAUGGGCUUUUGAUUUACUUUGGACGCUGCUGGUAGCGGUACCGAUUCAUCCAUCCACAUGGCCGAAUGGUUUGGGCGGUUCAGUUUGGCAGGUUUGCGAAAAAGUUUUGCGGGAAGCGCGCGGGGAGAGUAGAAUUUUAAUGGAUUCAAUUUCGAAAUUGAAAAUUAAUCAUAGAUGAACGUCUCGUGUUUGCAAAUGGGUAUACCUUCGGGCGGCGGGCGGCUUUAGGAUGAUUCGGAUACAUUUUUGAUGAGUUUUAUUCGGUGAGGUUUGAUGGAGUGGACCUCACUAUGUGGUCCAUGACCUCUCGGCAAAAGUUGAAAAAGAGAGAAAUAGAGAAAGAGAUGAACCGAGAGAGUGAGAAGGAUCUACAUACAGAGAAAUCGAACUUUAGUAGUCACAAAAAAAUGCAUCAUCACCAUCACCACCAGCGUACGGUGUGAUGCAGGUGUGAAUUCCUAAAUGUGGCCGGCGUCUUCCGUUCGGCCGUUGGAGACGACUCGCUUUUUUGGUCGAAAAUCGGCCCUUGCUAUUUAGCUGCCGUAUGCUAACGAGCAGCUUCACCGAAAUCUCGUAUGCCACGCUGUAGAAAGGCUUUGCAGUCACAUGAGAGACUCGUCUGAUACCUGUUCGGUGCGUUCCAGUGAAAAUUAUACUUGGUACAACUUCUUGCGCUUAGCUUCGAUGGUGAUCGUGUGUGUGUGCGUAUGUGUUUUGUGUGGAGCAAUGCGUUGGAAAGUCAGUUUGAAGCACUAAAGCAAAAACAUGUUCAACAGUAAAGCUGCGAUGAGAAGGUUACGGUUAUGAAUGAAAGUUACGGUACACGAAAAGGUUUCAAAACAUUUAGGGAACACAGGGGCGAGAACCCGCCGCUGGUUGGCGUGUUGCAGCGUUCGAUUGAACAAUUACUCGAAAUUGAAGCAACCAAUCCACACAAAACUCCAAACUCUGCUAAUAUCGUCUUCGCAAGCACGCUCCAAAAGGCGAGAUGUGGUACAGUAGGCUAAUAAUCCCGGUUAAUAAUAACAACUUCCCACGCAGCAGAAAGACGUGUGUGAACUCGUGAAGCAAAAACACGAAACGUAAUGUGCAAUUAAUCUCUUCGCAAUGGAAAAAAACGAAACCCAGCAGCAACAGAAGCAGCAAAAGAAACUACAUUUUAUCGUAAAUUGAAUAUGGAGGUUAUUGAUAUGUUUAUUUUUUUUUAUACCGCUACCUUUUAAGUUUGCUAUCGUAACCGUGAAACCAUAGUUAGAUAUUUUGUUCUUUUUAAGCUUAAUUUAGCUGUCCAUUUUCCCUGUCCCCGGUGGUCCUUAUUUCUUCGUGCAUUUUAAAACGAAUUUCCAAUCGUACCUACAGUUCACUAGUAAACACAAAACAAUAGUAAAGCCAAUCGUAUAACCUUUUAAACUUACACAUUCCUAUUGCGAAGAAAUACGGCCCGAUGGGAAUGCAAUGAAAACCCCAAACAAAGCCACUCACACCCAUUCCAGUAUGUAUAGAUUAGGGCAGAAGGGAGGAAAACCCCGCAUUAAGAAAACAGGAAUCAACAUUGUACGUUUUAAGCAAUUUUAAUGAAUCUUUGUACAUAUUUAUGAUAUUUUUCUCAUUCGAGCUAAGGUGAUACCGUCAAACUCGUUGUUUAACCGCAACGCAAAAUCAAACGCGUGUAGAAAAUACAUAGUAACAUUCCUUUCGUACGUACGGCCUGGAGCAAAUAAUUGUAGCUAAAAUCGGAAUCGGAAAAAUCAGCUCCGAGCUCAGAACAUACGCAUGACGAGCGAGUGCUACAUCAAAGCGAUUGUAGACCGUCAUAGCCAAGGGAAUAGCAGAAACAAACGGACUAAUGAGCAGCACAACAGCAAAACACAGAUGUAUGUAAGUGAAAAAUAGGAAGAUGAAAUACCCGAGCCGUCACUUGUUCCCCGGGGGCGAUACGAUUAGCUAUUAGUGGUAGUAGUAGUAGUAGUAGCGCGUGUAAAGCAUAAUGCGCGCCCAGGCACACUGUCUCCAACUCCAUGCAGGUUGUCUGCUGUGAAAAUGUUCGAAAUUGCAGGCCAUUUUGUUAAUAGCUUUUAGUUAGUAGGUAUACUAUCCCCAUUUGCCCGCUCGGUUUAGUACUUCGCGACAGAAAAGAUGGAAAGUCGCGCUCGGAAAGCAUAGGAAAAAUAGGACGACCAGCAAUGAACGAUCGGAACGACGGGAUUGCGUGAAAGGAAAGAAGGGUCACGCACUGUUCCAUCCAUGAUUGAACAAUGGGGUUAUGAUUUAAGUUGUAAAAAGGAAAAUAAGAAAGUAUCUCCCUCUAUAGAAGCAUUAGGGAAAGCAAAUGACCAUUCCGAACAACGGGCGGCAAACGGGGGCAAAUUGGAGCUGAAUACAAUUUCAAAGAAAACUGUGAACUUUAGUGGCAUUUUUUGCAUUCCAAAAACACAGCGAGGAAGAAAAACGAUGCAGUACGGGGAGGCACAGGCAGAGAAAAAUCUAAAAACAAAAUCGAUAAUAAUAAUAAUAAAAAGUGAUUUAAAAAUAAUAUAA